AUGUCAUCUGAUGAAAUACUUCGUUUGAAUUUCAUAGCUCAAACUAUAGUAAUAUAUGCUGGUUCAUCGAUGUUUAUAUGUGGUAUUCUUGGUAAUAUUGUAAAUAUUUUUCUAUUUACUUUUCAUCGUCAAUUUAAAAGUUUAUCCGUAUCAAGAUUUCUUUUGUUUUCAUUUUUUGGAAGUCAAUUAAAUCUUCUCAGUGCAUUUUUACCUCAAUUAAUUUCUCGAAUAACCGGAAAUGAUCCAUUGGUGAAAUUUGAAAUGCUUUGUAAGUUACGAUGGUUUUUUGGACCGGUAACAGGAACAGUAGCAUUACAUGGAAUUUGUUUAGCAAGUGUCAAUCAUUAUUUAUUAUCAUUACAAAAUAUCCGUUAUCAUCGAUGGAUAACACAGCGUCGUUCUUAUUUCAUUUGUUUGUUUGUUUUAUUUUAUUCAGUUUUGUUCAUAAGUCCAAAUUUAAUUUAUUUUACACAUUGGAUUAAUACAUCUAAUGUAACUACAUGUGAUAUAAUUAAUCCAAUUGCUGCUAGUUAUAAUGUUUAUAUUGGCCUUAUCAUAUAUAGUUUGAUUCCCAUAUUAGUUUNUAACACAGCGUCGUUCUUAUUUCAUUUGUUUGUUUGUUUUAUUUUAUUCAGUUUUGUUCAUAAGUCCAAAUUUAAUUUAUUUUACACAUUGGAUUAA